AAAAUGUUCAAAUAGCAUAUCGAUCGGCAGGGGCUCAUACGCUGCCCUGAACUGACAAGCGCGUUAUGUCAAAGAUGCAUAAAAAACCGGAGGCUCGUUCUGCUUCUCUCUCUCAGGGCGCUGUCGACUGCUGCGCGCUGAAAGACAUAAACCGUUGUGGUCUCUGUGAAGAUCUCAAUGCAACUACUAGAAACGCCAUCCUGAACUUAAUUAAGCAAGUUGAAAGGCAAAAGAAACUGCAUUUCAACAAAACCGAACUCAGCAUUUUACUGCACAUGUGCGUCGAGAUCACAGGUCGUGAGGUUCGUGACAUGACGAUGGAUGAGUUGAAGACGUUUUUGUAUGGGACGUUGGACAUAACGAAUCCGUUUAGCUUGGAUGGCUUGUGCAGAGCCUGUAUGCAAAAUUCAAGACAGAUCAAGAAAACUGUGAGCCCGGUAGAUUUUGUCCAAUUGCUAUCAGUAUUACUGAGAGGAACAUUAAGCGAGCGAGCAGAGCUGGCAUUCCGAAUCAUGGAUAUAGAUUCUGAUGGACUUAUACGCCGAAAUGUGGAGGUUCGCAGACUGCUACAUGAUACAUUUAAUGUAUCAAUUGCUGCGCAAAAUCCGGAAAUAGACCCUGACGAGCCAGUACGUGACACAAUCAAUUAUUUGUGUGAGAAGCUACAGUGCACACUCACCCAACCAGUCUCACUGGACCGAUUUCGAGCGUUGGCCCAAGAACAUCCUUGGAUAGUUGAAAGUCUCCUUCCCUGCAUACCCUCUGAAAUGACCAACCUUGUGUUUCAGACACUUUUUAGCACUCAUAUCCGGCUACCAUCGCUGGAACCAGCUCCAAAGAUAGCCAACAAGUAAUUCUGGGUCCAAAUGUAAAGCAAGCAUCAGAAGAGAUAGGGUUAGCUUAAAGUCUGUACUGGAAGCGGUGCUACUGGAAGUUGUAGGGGAAUAAAUCCUUUCAUUUCUUUGUACCAUGCACUUGCGAAGGUCAUACAAUUAUGUUACGCAGACAUACUUUUAAAAACUACUCAGUCUGUUGCGGCUCACAUCCUAACCAAUAACCCACUUAUAAAUACAGAUUUUUGGCACCGUCGACCAUUCAGAAGACAAGGAUAGUUAUCAUCGCUGGCACCGAAGUGGUCCGGUUAUAAGAAUGUAACCCACGGAUCCGGGGUCCAAGAAACAACAGUGGAAGAACAUCAGUCAUUUGAACUGAUGCUUCGAUGGAACAAUAGAAAAAUGUUUUAAUACGGGUACGCAUU